AUGCCCAAGUUUGAGUUUAGGAAGGCUCUUGAGAAGUUUGUAUUCAACACUGUUUUUACGCGCCCAGAAGCCAUAGCGGCGAGCAGCUCAGCUCAGUACGAGUGCCUUGAGGCUCGAGAAAGGUUUCUUCUCCACUUUCCUGUCUCAAAGGCUGUAAAAAUAGAAGAGUUUGAGCAAACACAGAUGCAAACUAUCCAGCAAUCUUCCACCUACUUGAAGACUAGCUGGAUUGAAAAUCUGCGACGUCAAAUUCGCAUGCACCUACGUGAUAGUGGAAAGGGUUGGUUCAAUAUCUACGAGACAGACUAUUACGUAUAUUCUAAGUCGAAGCUGAAGAAGUUUUUAGAUAGCGUCAAGUUUUGUAUGCAAGACGCUCUUCGCUACAACGUCAUGGGCUCAAUCAAUGGAUUUGUAAAGAUGGUUGAAGACGUCUGCAUUGAUUGUCUUAACCUCAAUCCCUCGUUCGAAUGGUCAGAUGAUCUACGCAGUAGCAGCAUUUUACCUAAGCAUAAUCCGAUUUUUGCUGUUGACUUGGUGAUUGAUGGAGAUGGUGUGCAUUACAGUCACUUUUUGGGAGAUUUCGACAGAUGCUGCGGUCAACUAUUUGACAAGGCUAUAAACUCUGUCCAACAUAUAUCUCAACUGGAGCGGUUUGUUGUGGAGGGAAUUAGUUGGUCCGACGAUCCCCUAAUUGAGGCAGUCGGGGCCCACGAACCAGAGGUUGAGGCUUUGCGAAAAAAGCUGCAUGAAUUGCUACAGGCGGCGUAUGUUCCGAUGAAUGCUUAUGCAGAACAGUAUAACCCCUACGUUGAACUGUCACUCCUCGAUAUACCCGCUUACGUAAAUGAUUUUCUACGAGUGUACGAGUCUCAAAGUUUGAACCCCUAUGAUGUGAAGAAUGAGGCGACGAAGCAAUUUGAGGAGGCGAAGAAAUUGGAGGCGUUGAUGCCCCUCACUAUUACCAUCGGGCCUUUCCUCGUCAACGUGGAGCCGCUGCGCAGUCGCCUAAUGAAGAAGCGGGUAGACAUGGCCAAAGCCAUGCUGGAUCUACUCGCCCGCCAGCUCAGGAAACAGUCAGACACAUCAUGCGAUGUGUUCGAAGAGAUAGCAAGAAGGCUCUACGAGAAACCGAACACCAUAGAGGAGCUCACUGCGAUGCGCGAGUACAUUGAUACCAUUCCAGAUUUGUUAGAGGAACAGAGGGAGCUGAUCGACCGGGUGGUAGCCCAUUACGAGCUCAUUGACGAGUUCUGCUACAACCUCAACAAUGACGAUUUCGCCGCCAAGUGGACCACUCUCACCUGGCCUAGCAAGAUCCGCAACCUUGUGGAGGAGACGGAGUUGAAUUUAGAGGAGGAUGAAGAGCGCUUUCGCAAACUCCAAAUCUCUGAUUUGGCUUCCUUCUCCGAUAAAAUUGACAGUUUGACGAUGAUGGUAUCUUCAAUGGCCUCAUACACGGAUGUGAGCAAAGCGCACGAGGUCGCAAAUGAAGUGAGGAGGCUUCAAAAACAGCUACUAGAAGCGCAACAGAGUGCUCUGCUCUACAAUAACCGUGAACGACUUUUCGAUAUGCCAAUUACCAGUUUUGGAAGAAUUAGCACUUUGCUAAAGGAUCUCGAGCCCUUCCGGGUGAUGUGGAUUGCCGUGUCCGAUUGGUUGAGAACGCAGGACGCAGUCAUGGCCGACCCACUCUCGUCAAUUGAUGCAACAGCUGUGGAAAAACAAGUUACGGAGUGCUACAAGAUCAUGCAUAAGUCAAUUCGCGUUUUCAGUGAACUGCCUGGAGUCCAAGAAGUGGCCAGUCAGAUAAAAAUGGCCAUUGAAGAGUUCAAGCCCUUCGUGCCACUUAUAAAAGCUCUUCGCAGUCCUGGAAUGCGCAGUAGAAUGUGGGAACUCAUCAGCGAACGUACCGGCAUCCUGGUCGUGCCAAAGGCUUCCCUCACUUUUGCAAAGUGCCUAGAAAUGCGACUUCAGGAUCACAUCGACGUAAUAUCGGAGGUCGCCGACAUUGCCGGGAAGGAAUAUGCAAUCGAAUCAGCGCUAAAUAAGAUGAUGCAAGACUGGGAGAAUGUGGUCUUUGAGGUACAACCGUACAAACAGACCGGAACCUACAUCAUCAAAGUGUCAGAGGAAAUUAACCAGCAAUUGGACGACCACAUAGUCCAAACCCAGUCAAUGAGCUUUUCUCCAUACAAAAAGCAAUUUGAAGAACGAAUCGCUGCCUGGGAGACCCGCUUGCAAAUCACUCAGGAGGUCAUCGAUGAGUGGAUUAACUGCCAGCGCAGUUGGCUUUACUUGGAGCCAAUUUUUGCCUCGGAAGACAUUUUGCGGCAGUUGCCGGUAGAAGGCAAACGGUUUGCCACAAUGGAGAAGAUUUGGCGCAAGGUGAUGAAAAUCGCACAUGGUCAACCGAAUGUCAUUACUCUCUGUCCGGACAGUCGUAUCUUGAAUAACUUGCGCGAAUGCAAUAACCUACUGGAGCAAGUACAGAAGGGCUUGAGCGAGUACCUGGAGACCAAACGUCAAGCCUUUCCUCGAUUCUUCUUCCUGUCUGACGAUGAACUUCUGGAAAUUCUUUCGCAAGCAAAGAAUCCUACUGCAGUACAACCGCACUUAAAAAAGUGCUUCGAAAACAUCGCCAAGCUUCAAUUUGAGAGUGACUUGGAAAUCACAGCGAUGUAUUCUAAUGAAGGUGAGAAAAUUCCUUUUGAAAAGACUACUCACCCAGCCGGGAAUGUGGAGGAGUGGAUGUCUGAAAUUGAGAAUGUAAUGCGCUUCUCCAUUCGUACCAUUAUUCAGCGUGCGCUGAACAGUUACCCUGAAACUCCGCGCACUGAGUGGGUGCUUCAGUGGCCUGGUCAGAUCGUCAUAGCGGGCUGUCAAACCUAUUGGACCUCAGAGGUCACAGAAUCACUUACUCGUGCCCACUCUGGUGGACUCAGAGGGUUACUCCCCUACCUUCUGAAUCAGUUGAAUGAGCUUCGUACUGUAGUUAAGGGAGAUCUGGCAAAAAUUGCACGAAUUACACUCGCUGCAUUGAUUGUCAUCGAGGUGCAUGCCAGAGACGUGGUUGACAACAUGAUCCAACAAGGCGUCUCCUCCGUCAACGCCUUUGAGUGGAUAAGUCAACUUCGUUACUAUUGGAUAGAUGCGACUGAGGAACUUGAAAUACGUGUUGUCAAUGCCCAUUUCCCCUAUGGUUACGAGUAUCUUGGAAAUACCACACGACUAGUGAUUACUCCUUUGACAGACCGGUGCUAUCUUACCCUAACAGGAGCUCUAUAUCUCAACUUUGGUGGUGCUCCAUCGGGUCCAGCAGGAACGGGGAAGACGGAAACAACAAAAGAUUUGGGAAAGGCUUUUGCUGUUCAAUGCGUCGUGUUUAAUUGUUCCGAUCAGCUAGACUUCAUGGCCAUGGGUAAAUUUUUCAAAGGUCUGGCAGCAGCAGGUGCGUGGGCGUGUUUUGACGAGUUCAAUCGCAUUGACAUCGAAGUCUUGUCUGUAGUAGCGCAGCAAAUCACAACCAUUCAAAAAGCACAAAUGCAACGAGUCGACCGGUUCCUCUUUGAAGGCGUGGAACUGGCUUUGAAAGCCUCCUGCGCCAUUUUUAUUACGAUGAAUCCUGGCUAUGCGGGUCGCACGGAGUUGCCAGACAAUUUGAAAGCGCUUUUCCGACCGGUUGCGAUGAUGGUUCCAGACUACGCACUGAUUGCGGAAAUUUCACUCUUCUCCUUCGGCUUUGCUGAUGCUCGGAUUCUGGCCAAAAAGAUUGUCACGACUUUUAAAUUGUCGUCUGAACAGUUGAGUAACCAGGAUCACUAUGAUUUUGGUAUGCGAGCGGUGAAAAGUGUCAUUUCCGCAGCUGGCAAUUUAAAAAGAAACGAACCUGAUAUGGAUGAGGAACUUAUCGUACUCCGGGCAAUCCGUGAUGUGAACCUACCAAAGUUUUUGGAGGACGAUCUGAAACUCUUCAACGGCAUUGUCGCUGAUCUAUUCCCAAAUAUUCGUCAUCUUGUUGCAAAUGAAGUUAAUUACGAAGAUCUGACAAUCGCUCUGAAAACUGCUGCUCGCAAAAUGAACCUUAAAGAUGAUCACGGCUUCCUUCACAAAUGCACUCAAUUAUUUGACACCACAGUCGUAAGGCACGGCCUGAUGCUCCUUGGUCCAACGGGGUCAGGCAAAACCAAGUGCUAUGAAGUACUGAAAGAUGCUCUGAGCUCUCUGAAGAAUCAGCCUUCUCCUGAUGGCUCUUACUUCCAAAACGUAGUCACCUAUGUUUUGAACCCUAAAUCCAUCACAAUGGGUCAACUCUACGGUGAAUUCGAUCUUGUCACACAUGAAUGGACUGACGGUAUCUUAAGUGUACUCAUUCGGGAGGGGGUUGCAGCCGACAACCUCGAUAAACGUUGGUAUGUCUUUGAUGGGCCUGUCGACGCUUUGUGGAUUGAAAAUAUGAACACAGUGUUGGACGACAACAAGAAACUCUGCUUAAGCAGCGGUGAGAUAAUAAAACUGACCGAGGCAAUGACUAUGAUAUUUGAAGUUGCUGAUUUGGCAGUUGCAUCACCGGCAACUGUGAGUCGUUGCGGUAUGGUAUACUUGGAAACAAGUAUCCUUGGUCUUAAGCCCUUCGUAGAGUGCUGGCUUCAAAGUCUGCCUGCACCAAUUUACCCUCAUAAGGAAAAGUUAGAACGCCUGUUUGACCUAUUUCUUGAGGACUCGAUCCGUUUCAUUCGAGAACACACAGCUGAAAACGUAAGAAGCUCGGACGGUCAGCUGACAUUCAACUUAUUGAAGCUCUAUUCUUGCUUCUACAGUCGUUUCCAGCCGAAAUCAGGCCUAUCAAUAUCCGCGAGGCGAAAUGAACGGGCUAAAACCAGGCAUAAUCACAAUCUUCGAGCGCCACUUCGCCCGAUGGGCAAUGAGCCAGGAGACCGGGAAGUGUCCGAUGAGUUGGUUUCAAGGACCGGGGAAGUUUUUGAAUCUUGGUUCUUCUUCUCACUGGUCUGGUCAGUUGGUGCAACUUGUACCAACGAUGGACGCAAAGCCUUUGACGUCUAUUUAAGACAGAAAAUGAAGGAUACGAAGUGUUACCGACCGUUUCCUCCAGAGGGCACCGUGUAUGACUACUACCUAGAAGAGGCUGACAUUCUCAGCAUGGACAAGAAGGAUGUGGACUGUGAUGAGCAAAGUCCAAAGCAGGUUCACUGGGAGCACUGGAUGAAAAAUGUGCCAUCCUAUCAAGUAGAUAUGAGUGCAAAGUACUCGGAUAUCCUCGUACCGACUCUGGAUAGCAUUCGUUUAGUUAAAGUCAUGGAAAUGCUGCUAAAAAACGCAAAUCCUGUCCUCAGUGUUGGACCCACAGGCACAGGAAAGACGGUGUGUAUUGCAGACAAACUUUGUCGAGGGAUGCCUGAAGAAUUUAUUCCCGAGUUCAUGGUGUUCAGCGCCAAAUCCUCAGCCAAUCAGACACAGGAUGUGAUUGAAAGCAAAAUGGACAAACGCAGGCGUGGUGUGUAUGGUCCCCCGCCCGGGAAGUAUCUCGUCUUCUUCAUUGACGACUUGAAUAUGCCUGCACCCGAUAUGUUCGGUGCUCAACCUCCAAUCGAAUUGAUUCGCCAAUGGAUGGACUUUAAGGGAUGGUACGAUCGAAAGCAGAUUGGCGCUUUUAAGCAAAUUGUUGAUGUUAAUUUCUUGGGUGCUAUGUGCCCACCAGGUGGUGGUAGGAAUCCAAUCACUCAGCGCUUGCUUCGACACUUCAACUUCUUGAGCUUUAACGAACUAGAUGAGGCUAGUCUGUCGACCAUCUUCUCAACUAUUCUGACUAGUUGGUUCAUGCAGACCCCUGAAGAUUCACCUGUUCGUCAUUUAAUAGGCAAAGUGGAGCCCUUGGUAAAGGCCUCCAUUUCGGUUUAUUCAACUGUACAGUCACAGCUCUUGCCCACACCAACCAAAAGCCACUACACAUUUAAUCUCCGUGAUCUUUCAAAAGUCUUUCAAGGUAUCUACAUGUUCGAUAUUUUACACCUUACGGGACGCCUUACGGAUGUCUUGCGUCUUUGGUAUCAUGAAUCCUGUCGUGUUUAUCAGGAUCGCUUAAUCAAUGAAGUUGACAGAAAUUGGUUUAAGAAUUUGUGUAUCAGGACCCUGGAAGAGCAAUUUGAGACGAAAUUUGAGGAAGUGGUUCCGUCUGAACCACUGCUCUACGGAGGUAUGUUGUCAGCUGAUGCUGCUGAAAAUAGGAAAUACAUCGAGAUGGUGGAUCAUACGCAAGUGAUUCGUGUGUGUGAAUUAAAUCUGGAGGAUUAUAAUCAACUAAAUAGCCCACGUAUGGAUCUUGUUCUCUUCAUGGACGCUAUUAUACAUCUGUGUCGUCUGUCUCGAAUUAUUCGCCAACCUCAAGGCAAUGCUCUGCUGUUGGGGCUCGGCGGUAGCGGACGGCAAAGUAUUUCACGUCUCGCCGCCCAUAUUGCUGAAUUUGAAUGCUUCCAAAUUGAACUGACAAAAACUUACAGCACCCAUGAUUGGCAGGAGGAUUUAAGAAAGGUCAUGAUGCUGGCGGGUAUCGAGGACAAGCAAGUCCUAUUUCUGUUUUCCGAUACACAAAUUAAGAAGGAGACCUUUUUGGAGGACCUCAACAAUAUUCUGAAUAUUGGUGAUGUACCUAAUAUCUACGCAUUUGAAGAUCUUGAGAAUAUUUACAACGCCAUGAAGCCUGUGGUGACCAAUGCUGGGUUGAUGCCAACAAAGAAUAAUCUAUACUCCACCUAUGUGAAACGAGUGCAUCGAAAUCUCCACACGGUGGUCACAAUGAGUCCUCUUGGGGAGGUUUUCCGUGCGCGUCUGCGUCAAUUCCCAGCACUGGUUAGUUGCUGCACCAUCGACUGGUAUGCUGGAUGGCCUGACGAGGCGCUAGAAGCAGUUGCACUGAAAACGCUUAGGGAUAUAAAAGAACUAAACAUCAAAGAUGACCUUUUGGGUAAUAUUGUCAAGGUGUGCCAAAAAAUGCACCAAUCAGCUGUUAGUAACACAGCUCGCUACCUGCACGAAAUGGGUCGUCACAACUACGUGACACCAGCAUGCUUCCUGGAAUUGCUUGCUUCGUUCGCCAAGAUGUACAACCUGAAAUUGACAGAGUUAAUGAAUUUGAGAAACCGCACUAAGACGGGUUUGGAUAAGCUUCUUAGCACAGAACAGAUUGUUGCAAAGCUGCAAGAGGAACUUGAGAUCAUGCAACCACAGUUGGAGAAGGCUAUUGAGACCUCAAAAGUGACAAUGGAGGAGAUCGCCAGAGAUUCUAAAGUAGCGGAAGAGACAACCGCGAUUGUGCAGCGCGAGGAGGAAGCCGCAGAAAGGAAGACGGCUGAAUGUGCAGAGAUAAGGGAUGACGCCCAGCGAGACCUAGAUGAAGCACUGCCAGCACUGUACGCCUCCUUGGAUGCAGUAAAGUCACUCAACAAAAACGACAUCACUGAGGUUCGUGCCAUGAUGCGUCCUCCUGAGGGAGUACGUCUUGUUAUGGAGGCCGUUUGCAUAAUGAAAGAUGUAAAACCAAAAAAGGUGGCUGGCGACAAACCGGGUGUCAAAGUUGACGACUACUGGGAGCCUAGUAAAACUCUGCUUCAGGAUCCUGGCAAGUUCCUGGAAUCUCUCCUUAACUUUGAUCGCGACAACAUCCCUGAUGCCAUCAUCGCCAAAAUCCAGCCUUACAUAGAGUCUGAGGCCUUCACACCACAGGCGAUUGCCAAAGUUAGCAAGGCAUGCACAAGCAUUUGCCUUUGGGUGCGAGCCAUGCAUAAGUACCAUAAUGUAGCAAAGAUGGUAGCUCCCAAGAGGGCGGCAAUGAGAGCGGCUGAGGAAGACUUAAAAGAGACCGAGUACGUACUUCAAGAAGCACGCACUCGUCUUCAAUCCUGCAAAGACCGAAUAGCCAGUCUACAAGUGAAGUAUGAUGAGUGCAUGCGAAGGCAGCAGGAGCUGGAGGAUAAAAGUAACCUCUGUGAGGCUCGUCUGCUGCGUGCCGACAAACUGAUUGGGGGUCUGAGUAGCGAAAAGGGUAGGUGGAUGGACUCUAUUGUGGAGGUGGAGAGUUUGAUCGACAAUCUCAUUGGAAAUGUGCUCUGCUCGUCAGGUAUAGUAGCGUACUUAGGUCCUUUCAGUGGUGACUACAGAAAGGAAAUGUACGAUGAGUGGGUUGAAUGUCUGAAAGAACACAAGGUGCCUCACACCUCGACCCCAACCUUGAUUAAUACCUUUGGAGAUCCCGUUAAGAUUCGCAAUUGGCAUAUAUUUGGAUUACCAAAAGAUAGUCUCUCGAUAGAGAAUGCUGUGAUAGUUCAGUUCUCCCGCCGUUGGCCAUUGUUUGUGGAUCCACAGGGUCAAGCAAACCGAUGGAUAAAGUCAUUAGAGGGUGAUGAGGGUCUUGAAAUUAUCAAACCCUCAGAAAAAGAUUUUCUGCGCACCAUCGAGAACUCAAUCCGAUUCGGUAGACCAGUCCUCCUGGAAAAUGUGGGUGAAGAACUUGAUCCUUCUCUUGACCCUAUCAUACUGAAACAGACUUAUUCACAACAAGGAGUCCUUGUCAUCAAAAUAGGUGACAACGUAAUUCCUUACCAUCAAGACUUUCGAUUCUACCUAACAACCAAGUUACCAAAUCCUCAUUACUCGCCAGAGAAUUCCGCUCGGAUAGGAAUCGUUAAUUUCACAUUGGCUCCAAAAGGUCUGGAGGAUCAGCUUCUUGGUUUAGUUGUGGCAGAAGAACGUCCUGAUUUGGAAGAAGCAAAAGGUCAGCUUAUUGUCAGCAAUGCAAAAAUGAAGCAGGAACUUAAAGAGAUUGAGGACCACAUUCUAGAGAAACUAAGUUUAUCUGAGGGUUCACCGGUUGACGACGUUGACCUCAUCAGUACCCUCGAAGCUUCUAAGCUGAAGUCCUCAGAGAUACGCGUGAAAGUUGUUGUAGCCGAACAAACAGAAAGAGAUAUAGAUGAGACUCGUAGUAUGUAUAUUCCGGUCGCCAUUCGUGGCAGAAUCCUUUUCUUCUGUGUCUCUUCAUUGCGCAAGAUUGAUCGAAUGUACCAGUAUUCUCUGGAGUGGUUUAUUAACAUUUUCGUAAAAGGAAUCACCAACGCAGAGAAAGCAGCGACUAUCACAGAGCGUAUAGAGAAUGUGAACAAUUACAUCACAUUCUCAUUAUAUGCAAAUGUCUGCAGAAGUCUUUUUGAACGACAUAAAUUGCUAUUCUCCUUUUUGAUAGCCAUCAAGAUUCUUGAGGAAGAGAAUUUGAUCAUUUCGGAAGAAUGGAGGUAUCUCCUAUCCGGCAGUUCAGUCGGGAAUAGGGACUUCCCAAACCCAGCUCCGGAAUGGAUAUCUGAUCGCAUGUGGGGCGAUCUUCUCACGCUGGAUGCUUUGCCAAAUUUUGACGGCCUUUGUUCAUUUAUUGUGCAAAAUUUAGAUGACUUUAAGGAAAUCUUUGAUUCACCAGAGCCCCACCGUUUUCCCUUGAAAGGUCACUGGGGCGAAAAGUUAGACAGCUUUCAACGGUUGCUGUUUCUACGUUGCUUCCGACCUGACAAAGUCACCAACGCAAUGCAAGACUUUGUCGCACAUCACCUUGGGCAAAACUUUAUUGAACCCCAGAAUACUAACCUCACCGAAAUUUUCAAGGAGAGCUCACCUACAGCUCCCAUAAUCUUUAUCUUAUCACAGGGUACAGAUCCGGCUUCAGAUCUCUACAGAUUUGCGGAAGAAAUGAACUUCGGUGGUAAGAGAUUAUCAGCCAUUUCACUGGGUCAGGGUCAAGGUCCACGAGCGGAAGAGAUGAUGCGCGCAGCUAUGGAGCGUGGAAUGUGGGUCUUUUUCCAGAACUGUCACCUGGCACCUUCGUGGAUGCCCUCUCUGGAACGUCUAGUAGAGCAAAUUGACAAGGAUCGGGUCAGCAAGGACUUCCGCCUGUGGCUCACCAGUAUGCCUAGUUCCAGUUUUCCUGUGUACAUCCUGCAGAACGGCUCAAAGUUGACCAUCGAACCACCGAGAGGCAUCAAAGCCAAUCUCCUUAGAACUUACCUUUCACUCAGUGAUAAGCAGUUGAAAAGCGUUCCUAGAAAGAACGCGAAUUUUAAGUCUCUCCUUUUGGCACUUUCAUUCUUUCACGCCAUUUGCAUCGAGAGACGGAAGUUUGGAGCCCUAGGUUUCAGUAUCCCCUACGAAUUCACCACUGGUGAUAUGAAGAUCUGCAUGGACCAACUCGUUAUGUUCCUCACUGAGUACGAUGAAAUUCCCUAUAAGAUUUUGCAAUACACUUCUGGUCAAAUCAACUAUGGUGGACGCGUGACCGAUGACUGGGAUCGGCGUUGCCUAAUGAGUAUUCUCUCCGACUUCUACAAUGCCUCCUCUCUUGACGCAGAUCAUGUAUAUUCGGAAUCAGGCAUUUACAAGCAAAUAAGUGGUGAUUCGGAUCACAAGAGUUACCUAAAAUAUAUUCAGUCUUUGCCAAUAAAUGACCUCCCUGAAAUAUUUGGCCUGCACGAAAAUGCAAACAUAACGUUCGCACAAAACGAGACCUUUCAGUUGUUGGCGGAUUUGGUCCUUCUGCAACCAAAAACGAAUGUCUCCUCCAAAGAAGGCAAAGCACGCGAGGAUAUUAUUGAGGAGGUUGCUAUGCAACUUCUAACUGAGUGUCCUCCAUUGUUAGACGAAGCUGCCAUUGUAAUGAGGUACCCCAUACUUUAUGAGCAGUCCAUGAAUACCGUUCUAAUUCAAGAGGUCACAAGAUUCAACAAUCUCCUAAGUGAAAUUCAAUCCAGUUUGCAAGAACUCGUCAAAGCAGUUAAGGGCUUAGUGGUGAUGUCAGCUACACUAGAAGCCAUGGCCACAUCCUUAUUUAAUAACCAAGUUCCUGAGUUGUGGAACGUAAAGGCCUAUCCUAGUUUAAAACCUCUUGGUGCCUGGAUAAAGGAUCUGGGAGAAAGAAUUGGCAACUUAAAAGCAUGGUAUGACAGUGGAACACCUGUGGUAUUUUGGAUCAGUGGAUUCUUCUUUCCACAAGCCUUCCUCACCGGUCAGCUGCAGAACUUUGCCCGCAAGCACUCACAACCUGUGGACACUGUCAGUUUUAAGUUCAAAGUAAUGGAAGAGGGUUUCGCGAGUCUCCAUCAAGCUCCUGCUGACGGUUGCUACAUUCAUGGCCUCUACCUGGAGGGUUGUGGGUGGGAUCUAUUGGAUAUGUGUUUGACAGAAUCCAGACCGAGGGAGCUCUACACUCUCAUGCCGAUCAUCUGGCUGAUUCCGGAAGCUAAUAGACUAAAACCUGAGGAGGGAAUUUAUGAGUGUCCAGUCUACAAAACUCUAUCUCGAUCUGGCGUAUUGUCAACCACCGGCAUGUCAACAAAUUUCGUCUUUGCGAUAGAGAUUCCCAGCAGAGAACCUCAGAGUCACUGGGUCAAACGAGGCGUGGCUCUCUUCUGCGCUUUGGAUUUCUGA